AUGACUCAAGGCGCGCAAGCACCUCCUACUCAAACCCAAACUCCAAAACUUAAGUACGGCGCAUUGGGACAAGCACUGUACUGCUUGGUGUCUUUCAUAGAAGGCUACGACCAACAGGUGUUGUCCAUGUGUAUGAGAGCUUUUGAGUUGACUCUAGGGUUUUCUCAAACUCAAUUGUCAACAUUGUCAACAGUGUCUACUAUGUCCCGCAUGGGUUGCUGCUUAAUCUGGGGAUUGCUAGCCGACACAUAUUCCUCCAACUACGUACUUGGUGGCGGUCUGUUAGUUAUGGGCAUGGCUUCGAUAUUUCUAAGUUCAGCGUCACAUUAUAAAGUGAUUCUGUUCCUACGUUUCCUACACGGCUUUGGAUUCGCUUGUGUCUACCCCGUGCAACAAAAGAUUGUAGCCGAUUCAACUGGUUCAAAGGGUGUGGAAGAACAUAGUAAGAAAGCCGACGGAACUCCAAACCAGGGCAAGAAAGCGGAGGGAGCACAGGACCAGGCAAAGAAAGAUGAAGAAUCAGAAGCUAAAAGUAUGUUUACGAUUUUUCAAGCGUUGAAUUGCAUUGGACGUUUGUUAUGCGCUGUCAUCACUACGCUUAUUGCUCGCAAAGUAUUAUUGGGAUAUUAUGGAUGGCGUACGUCGUACGUGGUGCUGGGAUACGUAUGGAUAUUGUUUGGUACUAGUAUUAUAUUUGGAAUGACAUCGCAGCCUAACAAUGCAAUUGCCAAAAGCGGAGAUUUUAAGACACUUUUAAAGGAUGCCUUUACAGAACCUUUUCAGAGGGCAACAACGUGGUUAUUAAUAUUUACACUAUUCAUUGCAGAAGCUCCAAUGUGCGCGUUUAAUUAUAUGACGAUAUAUCUACAAUAUUUGGGGGUGUCUGACACAAUGGCAGGAGUUGCAAUUGCAAUUACUUUGAUUGGCGGUGCAGCAGGAAGUGGAGCUGGUGGAGAAAUUAUAAAGAAAAUUGCGAAGCUUAACAAGGAAGGCUAUGGUGAACUUGGUUCUGGUAUUGCAGUAAUGGUAGUCCGGUUAGUUGUCUCUCUGCUAUUCUUCUUGGGAAAGCCACCAUGUGGGAAGUUGCUUUGGUAUCAUUAUAUAGAGUUAGCAACGCUCGGGGGAACAUUAGUAACUAUUGGUGGUGUGGAUAGGGCCCUUCUGAAAGAUGCCAUCGAGAAAAAGUUCCAAGCGACCGCAUCUGCCGUGGUGCGAACCAUAUCUGGAAUUUCAAGUAGUGUUAUUCUUUUCCAGGUUUGUGCAUAUUUGACCGAGAAGGUGUUUGGCUACGUGCCAUCUAGAGAGUCGUUUGAAACUAUGGCAACAGAAAUCAAGGAUAAAAAUGCCGAAGCCCUGAGGAAAUCAAUGAUGUAUAUAAUUUUGGCAGGCACAGCACUCAACGUGUUUUGCUAUAUUGCGUUGUUUUUUACGUAUAAGGAUGAUAAGGAAAAAGCUGAAAAAGCAAAUACACCGACGUCGGAAGAACAAAAGUGA